GCUUGCUGUACAUGAUUUCAGGUACGGCGGAACUUGGAGGCCAUGCCGCAAGAGGCUGCAGUCAAGCUCCAGACCAUGGUUCUAUACGCUAGCACAACAGAUGGAGAACGCAACUACCCCAAGACGCAAGAUGCACAUUGGAUUUUCUCUUCUGCAGAGAAAGAAAACGAUCCGGAAAAACUCACACCUCCGCACAUGAGCAGUCGGAGGGGAGAUUGGGUCAGGACACUCUGGUCUACUGUCAUUGCAAUAACUUUUGUCAUCACAAUAAGUCUUUGCAGUUGAUGCCGUGGGAAUCAAGGCAACGACUCACAUCUGCACGAAUAUUGAAUGUGGGUUGUGGUGGCUGCCGCUUGGGCUUCUGCAAGGCAACUUCACCCUCACGAUACCCUCUAUCUUUCACAUACGACCAUACCCAUUGGAAAACUCGGGAUCCCGUCCGCUCUCCCAUAGAUAAGCCAAUGAGGGCUGGAUUAGUAGUUGGGUCGGUGACGACCAGCGAAUACCUGGUGUUACGUGGCUUCGAGUGUUACAAUGAACUUGGGCUUGCGGGCUCGUGGUCGUGGUUUAGGCAUGGUGCAAGAAUAGGUCGAAGAUGUCCUGGUCAUAGGGUUGCAGAGGAGACGGCAGCCUCGACGAAAACGGUUUGCAGAAAUGAGAGCUUCCAUCACAGAUCCAAGUAUUUCGGAGUCCGCCCCUGUUGCAAAGAAUUCAGUGUCCCUUCAAUUUGUUGACGAGAUGGUUUAUAUAGCAUUACCGGGUCCAUGGGGCUUGAUCUCACCGUGGCGCUUGAUGUCCCUAGGUCUGCUUCCU